AUGGCAGCCCUCAGAAGGCCCUUUAGCAGACAUGAAGAACGCAAUCGACAACGCUCGCCGCUCCUUCGUCUUCCCGGAGAGCUGCGCAACAAAGUGUACGAGUACGUCUUGAGCAGCGUCACCGUCUCUGUGUUUCCGCCAUCAGAUGCACAGUACCGCUACCAGCUCCAUGCGCACAUUUCCGGACCAGUGGCUGCCCCCACGGCGGACCCAACUGUCUCAAAUGCCAUGGCCCUGACCAGGUUGUUCACGUUCUACAUCAACAGCGACGAGUCAUUUCCCAAAUUCCUCAAUUACCUCCUGCCUGUUCAGCGGGACGCUAUCAAGACCAUCCAGAUCUCCACCCCCGAUGCAAUGGAGGGCGGGUCGCUAUUUCAUUGCGUGCAGCGCCGCACCGACAACGACUUCCCGUCGCAAAAGCUCCACCUCGAGUACCUUGAGUGGUCGAUGAACUUGGCGCUUGAUCACCUCGAAGGGCUCAAGCAAGUGGUGGUAGAGGAGGACCCGCAGUGGUUAUACCUCAAGGCAAACGAACCUCUACUUCGCGACGGAAUCGGCAGCUGUGUUAUGGGUCGCGACAUUAAUAUCGUCCUUCCGAAGCCUACGGGAUAA